CAUUUCGUGACAUCGUUACCUAUUUACUCCUGAUGAUCAAAUCGUCUCUGUACUUGUAGAGCAAUAAUGACGGAUUUACCGCGACAACCUUACGUGUGUAAACUCAGUGCCACAAUGCAGGAAAAGGCAAAACGAGAGCUGAAUGAAGACCCCAGUACUAGGAACGCGAAAAUUGACGAAUUGAGAGCCAGAUUUAAAAAGGAACGACCCGAAAUCAAGCUACCCCCCGAAGACGCCUUCCUUGUACGUUUCCUCCGAUGUAAGAAAUUUGAUGUCGAUCGCGCCUUUAAGAUGCUCGUGCAUUAUUACGAAGUUCGCCGAAAAUACCCGGAGUUGUACAGCAACUAUCGACCAUCGGCGUACAGGCAAAUAUAUGAACAAGAAAUAGAGGCUAUGUUACCAGCUAAAGAUAAAAGUGGAAGAGCAGUGAUUGUUUUUUCAAUAAGUAAAUGGGACCCUGACAGAUAUGAUCCAGACUUGAUUACGGCUGCAAUUUUAAUUGUGAUGGAAAAAAUAAUCGAGGACGAAGAAGUCCAAGUGAACGGUGUUGUGUUUGUAGGUGACUACGAGGGUUUGACAAUGAGACAUAUUUUAAAAAUGGGACCAGCCCAGGCCAAAAAACAGAUGGAUUGCAUGAUGUACUGCAACCCCAUGAGAUUCAAAGCAAUUCACAUUAUAAGGCAGCCUCAGAUACUGGACAUAUUGUUAUCGAUGUUUAAACCACUCAUGUCGGCAAAGUUACUUAAAAGGUAUCACUUUCAUGGUGAGGAGUAUGGUACCCUGCACGAGCAUGUGCCAUCGUCUAUUCUUCCCCCCGAUUUUGGUGGACAGUUUAUGGAUUUUGACUGGAUGGAAUGGCACAAUGAUCUGAUGAAAUGUGACGCUGAAUUUGAAUAUCGGAAUCAGUUUGGCAUCCCCGAAGCCAACGAUAUACUUGGUGGAGCCACCCAGGGAGUGGAUGCCGUAGGCGGUAUAGCCGGCUCAUUCAAAAAAAUAAGUGUAGAUUAAACACAUCGUAUUUCACAUUG